AUGGAACAUCGCCAACUAGAAGUAGUCGUCGCCGUUUGGUCCAUGACCCUUCUCUCACUCUCCUUCAUGUUCCUGCGCCUGUAUACUCGCAUCCACAUCGUCAAGUUCAUCGGUACCGAAGACUACGUCUACGUCCUGACCGGCCUCUUUCUUCUUCUCUUCGCCACCUUCCUUCAUGUCUCGGUCCACUUUGGCAUGGGCGCCAGUCUGUGGUCGCUGUCGCUCGAGAACACGUCGAGAUCCAUCUUUUGGAGCUAUGUCGCCAAUUCCUUUGCGAUAACAGGCAACGCCAUGGCCAAGUUGUCCAUGGGAUUCUUCUUGUUGAGAGUGGUACAGUUGAGGGGACAGAAGAUGGCGCUGUGGGCGCUGAUCGUGGUGACGGCAGGGACGUCCUUCGCGUUGGUGGUCAUGCUAUGGAAUCAGACAACACCGAGAAAAGCGAGCUGGGAUCCGUUGAGGACUCCAGGAAAGUGGCACAUCAAGAUUCAACCGAUGAGUGUUGGGUUAGGAGUCUGGUCCAGUGUCUGUGAUUUCAUUUUUGCCAUUUUCCCGUGGCUGUUCAUCUGGUCUCUGAGGAUGCCACGACGGGAGAAAAUGAUGUUGGCGAGUGGAAUGAGCCUCGGUGUAAUAGCUGGUGCUUGCGGCAUCACUAGAACCGUUGUGUUGUCACAUCUCAACAUCUGGGAUUACACUUACAACUUUGCCCCGUACUUCAUCUGGGCCGGUGCCGAAAUAGCAGUAGCCAUGGUGUGCCUGGGCAUACCGACCCUGCGUCCGUUAUAUCUCCGACGCCGUGGAAUGACAGAAGACCAUGAAUACCAUCCACCCAACCAAAACAACCUGGAAAUGCCGGAAUUCACGAUAGUCGAGCAACACAAACAAGAACAACAACAAAAGCAAUCAGGAGACCACAAAACGCCCACAGCUGGAGCAGGUAGCAAAGCUGAACGCAGUCCGAGCCCCCCACCGCCAGCAUACGUCCGCGACUCGGCCUCAUCACACACUAUUGUCGACAUGGAGUCCCUACGGGAUAUCGACACAUUCCAAACGCCACUAAGCCCAGCCAGCAUGCAAAGAAAGAACAGGAGGAGGAGGGGGAACGACAGCGUAGACGACAUAUUGGGGUUAUACAACGCAGAGCGAAGUCGAAGUCGAGGGACGACGGCUCAUAGCCAAGGGAGUAGGAGUACCAUGUCGGCACACGACAGUUCAUCCACCACCCAUAUAACAGCUUUGAAGUCACUGACUUCGACUACAAUCGUCUCGACAGAGUGUAAUGCAGCCAAGACAGCGGGGGCGAUCAUGGUGAAGAACGAGAUUUGGAUUGGAGUGGAAAGAGACGAGGAGAACUGGCCUCUGCGGUGUUGA